GCGAGCUUUUAGGGUUGCGUGGUAUCACCGAACCGGUUCGGCCGAUGGUGAAUACGGCCCUCCCGCCACCAUUCAAUCAUCGCGCACACGCCUCUGCAGGGGUUCUGCUGGUGAAUGUCUCGGUCAGAGACUAUUGAAUGGGCAGCUUAGUAUAAUAGCCGCUUCGUCCUGCAGUGAACAAACAUAAUGCGUCACCUGUCAUUCCUCCAGUGCAAUCUCUCCUGGCCUCGAGUAUGUAAAGACACAAUCUGGCCGCAGAGGUGGUAGGAGUCGCUUCGCGGACGUGUCUCUGUCCGACUGUGGGCAGUGAGUCGGUCAUAAUCCCGGCUAACUUGUCGCCCUCUGACCAGAACCCGGCGCUGCAAUAGCAUCGGUAUGUCUUACAUCUGACGAUUCAGGCUGUAUCGCCUAACAUGAGGUGUUUCCUGCUGGAGGUGAGCCGAGAAUCGGUGGGUAAUUGGAUGACGAAAAGCAUUGCAGACGACAUCCUUCCAUCAUAUCAACUGCCUUUGUUCUUGAGGAAGAUACAGCAGAACAUAAUCAUAAGUUCGAUACCGUGCCUGUCCUCCGCGUGUCUCAGGGCUUCAAAGUCUCAGUCUGUAAAGACUGCUUCCGCGGUCCAAGAAACUGUCGACAGGACUCAGGCAACAAUACCAGCAACGAGGUCUGUCUUCUCCUCCAUCAUUCUGCCCUCUGUUCUGCAGCGUCUACCACCGCGGAGAACGCGACCACUCCAACAACAAUCAGGAAGCAAACUAUCAUCUCUUGGGGUCGAGCAAGAUGGAGCAGCUGUGGUUGAAGAAGACGCUCGCAAACAAUUAGCCGGCCCCAUCAGUUUGAAGAGUCAAGGAGAUGUAUCUGUCGAUAUCGGGGAUACAAAGGUAAAACAGAUCAACAUCGAAUCGCCCGACGUGCUUUUCACAGCCCAACACGCACUUGAUGCACUGGAGCCCCUGCCAUUAAUCACCAUUAUCAGCACAAGUACAGGGGAGAGAGGACGGGAAAUAGAAGCGAGAAGAAGACAAAUUACAACCCAGCCUCGACGGCGAAACUGGAAUUACAACGUCUACGAUAUGAGCCUCUGCCAUUUGAAGCUAUGCUAUCGCCAAUCAGAUUGUCCAUCUCGGUCGGCAGUAAUGCCCAUAAUAAGGCCCAUUGCCUGAAAGUCGUAUAUUGCAGUGGGCAGUGUCAGGCCGGUGGAAUGAAUACUAAUAGCAUCCGUUCCUCUUAGGGAGGCGGCUGCACUUAUACUAAUCAUACUGAUAAGUAUGAAUCUGGGGAUAAGUUGUUCUCUUGUUCCAAUCCAGACUACAGAAGGCUACAAAUUUAUUGUGCUCCCUAUCUUACAAUGCAGCCGUUGU